AUGGAAGGACAGCCAGACACAGAGCCAAGGGCUGGAGAGCAGAUGGAGAGCCCAGGGGAAGCUGAGGAGGAUGAAUGGAGGCCCUGGCAAGGAGGACAGGUUAGGAACAUACUGCACCUCGUGUCUGCUGCUGCUCAGUGGAUUUUACUGCUUGCCUGCCUGGUUUACCUGGGUGUAGAUUUGCUGCGGCCCUCAACGACCCAGAGUGACAAAGUGCCGUGGACCCACAUCCGCUACACAGGCAGAAGCAUCAAAGGAGCAGCCGUGAAUCUCAGCGCCGAACUGGGGCCCAUCCAGAUCAGAAACGGCUCCAUCGUCAUCCCCUGCGACGGGCUCUACCUCGUGUCCCUCCAGAGCUCCAUCUACCUGGAAGAGGAGGACUGGCUGAAGCUGACCCUGCAGGGGACACACAAGACCACCAGCAGCCCCCUGUGGGAGCAGAUUGUCCAGAGCAGCCACAACACCGUGAACCUCACCACGGCGCUCUACUUGUUCGAGCAGGACAGCAUCACGCUGUGGACCAACUCCAACGCCAGCAUCUCGGAUCUGUCCUUCAGCCUGGUGUUAAUAAGUGACAACAAGUGCAGAAGGGAAAGUACAGCCUUCCCCACCGACCUGUAA